CGCUUUGCCCACUUCUAUGAUACGAAAAAAAUCAUCCGCACGCCGUUCGCCGCGGGAGUCAGAACGGCAUCCGAGCAGCAUCCAAGAGAGUACCGACAGUCCGCGAACACACCACACGCACCGUCCUUAGUUCAGUAACUUAGCCUAAUGGCAACGGAGGACAAAGGAAAAACGGCGGCGCCUCGGGGUUUACCGGAAAUAGAAUGCCUUUCAGGAACAAUAACAACCCAUAGCAAUCUGAACAGCAAUAACAACAACAAUAACAACAACAAAGACAACGAGGGAAGCGAAGGAGCAACGACGACCACCUCGACAGAUGUUGAAUCCACUGGCGCUGAAAAUAUCAUCGGAAACGGUUCAGCUGUUAAUACCACCGGAGGAAAUAACGGCAAAUGGGUCCGUCUCAACGUCGGGGGGACGGUGUUUCUCACGACACGACAGACGCUGUUAAAGGAACAAACUUCAUUUCUGUAUCGACUGUGUCAACAGCAGGACUUGCAUUCAGAUACGGAUGAAACUGGUGCUUAUGUGAUCGACCGAGACCCUACUUAUUUUGGUCCCAUACUCAACUAUCUGCGACAUGGAAAGCUGGUUUAUAACAAGGAGCUGGCAGAAGAAGGUGUGCUGGAGGAGGCAGAAUUCUACAACAUCACACCGCUGAUUAAAUUAAUCAAAGAGAGGAUUCUUGAACGCGACUCAAAGGCCACGCAGCAGGUACCGCCGAAGCAUGUGUAUCGGGUGUUGCAGUGUCAGGAAGAGGAACUGACCCAGAUGGUGUCCACCAUGUCGGACGGCUGGAAGUUUGAGCAGGUCAGCGUGCGCGCCUGCCGAAAACCCCGCCCCGGACUGCUCUGGACUAUGGUGAACAUUGGCUCAUCUUACAGCUACGGAACGGAGGACCAGGCUGAAUUUCUCUGUGUGGUGUCAAAAGAGUUACACACCUCGGCUGGAGGUUUGGGGACCGAGCAGAGCCACAAAACUAAGACGUCGGACACACAAGAGGAGGAUGGAGCGAGGGAGGAAGAGGAGGUGGAGGAGGAGGAGCGGGAAGAGGGAGAGAGAAAUUCAUCCCCCAAUGAGUGGAUUAGAGAUUAGCAGAAACUUGAGUCAAAGGAAUUGCUGUUCCAGAUCCAUGGGUCCCGGAUGUAGAAUACAAAGAACUUUAUUUUUUUAGAUAACCAUUUUAUCAUGUGCUCAUGAUGCUGUUUUUAUAGCCAUACUUUUUUAGAUUUGGUGACUUUAACAACGGGUAUUAGCAGAAAACAAGACCCCACAACCAGCAGCAAAAAAAGAAAUUAAACAAAUUCAACAAAAGGCACCUGAGGUAUUAGGAAAAGACACAGUUACAUAGAAAGUUAGCAACUUAGUACAUGACCUUUACCAAAGAGUGCAACCUAGUUAUUUAUGGGAUAUUCAAGUUAAAAUCAUGCAUUUAAACAACUUGGGAUUGGUCAGAAAUAGAAUUUGUAAUUUAUAAUAUAAAGGCUGUGUGGAUAGGAGACUGCAUCUACUGUUUAGGUUUUGCACAUUUACUGUGGUAUACUCAGACCAUGUCCUGUUAAUCUAGCAUCAGCUCUGGGUAAAGUGCCAGCAGCUCCAGGCUGGCAGACCACCAGCGGUCCACUUUACCCCAUUUACAAUCUGUGGCAGUUCAUUUCGAUAGUGGUUGGCGCCGGCUAGAAGGUCAUGAUUUCAUUGGAGGUCGCUAGAUUUAAUAGGGCUCCUGAACAUUUUGGUUGUGUUUGUAUGCUGUUUGAAGAUUUUGAAUAGGUCCCGUUUACUUCUAAUGAAGUUAGUUUAUUUUCAGCUAACGUGCUUAUACUGUCACAUGUGUGGAAGAGAUAGUUCAUCCAAAAAAUGAAGAUUUAAUCACCGUUUACUCUCACUCUAGUGGUUACAAAUCUUUGAUUUUUAUAUCUUUCUCUGUUGAACACAAAAGAAGAUAUUUAGAAAAAUGUUGGAAACUGGAUUCAAUCCAAAGAUGCGAUUAGAUUCAUGUGCAAACCUGAAAUUGCAUAAAACAUUUGCGAAAAAACUUUAAGAGAACAAAAUCAUCACUUCCUGAUAACCGUUGCCAAAUGUCAAAGAGACAAAUGGAAAUUUCUUUCUUAGGAAACCUUUCACCGUGAACCUUUUUCCUUAUAAAGUUGAAGUCAGUAUUAUUAGCCCCCUAUUUAGUUUUUUCCUCUAAUUUCUGUUUAAUGGAAAGAAGAUUUUAGUUUAAAUAUAACAGUUAUAAUAACCUUUCUUUGCCAUGAUGGCAGUAUAUAUAAUACCGUACUAUUUAUUUUUCAAGAUACUAGUAUCAGCUUAAAGUGCAAUUUAAAGGCUUAACUAGGUUAAUUCUACAGGUUAUGGUAAAUUAGAUAAUUAAACUAUCUUUGUAUAAGGAUGGUUUGUUCUGUUAACAAUCGGACACAUUUUUUGCUUAAAGGAUGUAGCAAUAUUGACCUCAAAAUGGCUUUUGGAGGAUAAAAAAACUGCUUUUAUUCUAGCCGAAAUAAAACAAAUAAGACUUUCUCUAGAAGAAAAAAAUAUUAUUAGACAUACUGUAAAAUAUUCCUUACUCUGUUAAACAUAAUUUGGGAAAUAUUUAAAAUAGAAUUUUUAUUAUUAUUUUUAAUUAAUAAUUCUUACUUCAACUGUAUAUAAAAUGAAUUGAGUCUCAGAAGAUGAAGACAAACACAAUGAAUGUGCAAUGGCUUUUAGAGCUGCAACCCGUCUAUGGGAUGCUCAAGAUGCUUCUGGUAGGUAAUAAUAACAAUGGCAGUCUUUGGGUAAGGCCUUUUAGAAUGACCAAAACAACGUUUCUGAUGUUUUACUGUGUUCAGUCUGCUGGUUUGUCUAUUAAUGCCACUGUUUUUUGUUAUUACAUGAUUUAUUUAUUUUUUAAUUUUUUUGCAUACUGUAAUAUAUCAGCAAACAUGUUACCACUGUAGUUUAGGCAUAUUUGUUCUUAUCAGAUGAAAUAUAUCUAAUUCAGUUGUGUGCAUAAUUUGUAUUCAUGCUCAUUGAAAAGCUACAUUGGAAGUCAGUGGCUACUGGUUUCCAACAUUCUUCAAAAUAUCUUCUUUUGUGUUCAACAAAAAGAAAUUCAAACAUGUUUGAAAAGUGGGGGGUGAACUAAUGUUUAUUUUUGUGUGUACUAUCCUUUUAAGGUUCAAUUUCUUCUGAAGGAAGCUCCGUUCACACUACCAGUGACUUCGUAGCUGCUUUUCUUCCUGGGUGGCGAUUGAAGUCUCUAGUGGGCAUUCCCACCUUGAGGUUACUUUAGUUAAUGUUUUUGAAUGAUAUUCUCAGUCAGUUAAUGAGUUUUUUCAGCUAUAUAUAAACACUGUGGUUAUCAAACCACAAAACAUUAACAGAAUCAGUACAUGAAAUGCUUAAUUGCAAAGAUGUAGGUCUGCAGCACUGAGAAUAUGGCUGAGAGAGGAUCACGUGAGCUCUACUGAUGCUUCCAUUGGCUGUUGCACCCUAAAGUCACUCUUUAUUUGCUUAAAGUUGCCAAUACUCGCUGUUGUUCGCGUAGCCUGAGAUUGACAAAAAUCACAAGCUCGCCAUUGAAAUGAAUGGUUGCGUGUUGCUGGUCAUGUGAAUGGCGUUUAAGUCUGGCAAUCGAAAUCGUUCAAAUCAACAUGCCUCAAUUCUACAACUCAAUCAAGCACCUUUAGCUCAAUUUAGCCUUGAGCUGUGCAAAAUUUGUAUGUGCUGUGGGCUCAUUUACAUGCCUAAGCUUAUUUCUUAAAUAUGUUGUGGUUUUGCACAAGUUUGCAUAAAUACUGUGCCCCUAAAAACACAUUUGUGUUCACUUCUGCCACAGUAAGCAUGAAUGUUUUUGGAUUUAAUCACAGAAAAGCUAACCAAGUAGAGUUUGUCAAUUAAAUGUAAUGAGAAAAGAUUGGCGAGGGAAUCAAUUGUUUCUCUUGAAUGCAAUGAAGUUCUUUGUUUUUAAAUGUGACUCAAGUGUUCAUGGUGACUUUUUGGGGCCACUGUACAUUUGAACAGGCAAAAUAUUUUUCUGUCAUGGUUCAUUGACAGAAUUAUUAGUCAAAUUUGAGUUGAAAAGAUCUUUUUGUAAACAGUAUCACAGUGUAAUCUGAUUCUAAUGCAUUUAUACAGAGGAAACAGGCAUUUGCAGCACAAUUUUGUAGUUCAGUGAGUUACUGGGUCGAUCGAUUCUGCUACUGUCUUCAAGAACUGUAGGCAUAAAAACUAGACUGAGAAUAGUGACAUGCAUGAAACAGAGAUGAUAUCAUUUACUCCAUUAACAAACGUGUGUGUGUGUGUGUGUACAUGAUAGUAGAAGCAGCAGAAGUUUUUGAUACAUAUCUUAUUGGUGUCAGUGCAGUACAGUAGUCUCUUUAAACUUUGUACUGGGUGUGUUGAACAAGUUGUACUAUUGCAAUAGAUUUCAGAAAUGUGUUUUGCUUUUCAAGUUGUAUAUUUUAUGUGUUCAUUCUCAAGGCCUUGGACUUUUUUGAUCAUACUGUGCCAUAUAUGUGUUCUUUUUUAUUUGCUAAAUGUCAGAUUAUGUUACUUGUCAGGGCACAGUUUGUUUUGUCUUUGGUUUUUGUGACAAUUUUCUCUAUUAUUUAUAAGCGGUUUGUAUGCCCUAUUUCCACUUUGAGCUUUUCCAUAUUUAUUAACUGAAAAGGAAUAUGUUGUUUCUCUUUUUCAUGGUGUUGAAUUUUGUUAUUUAUUCAGUUUUUUCUUUACAUAUGUACUUAUUUGUAAACUAUAUUUACAUUGCAUUGAGCGCACAGUAAGCCUGUUGAAACAAACUCCUCAAGUUCAGUAAUGCUCUUUUUGUCUAAAGGGGGCUUGUUUUAAUCUGGCACAGACCCUUAAUAGUUUAUGUACACCAAAGAAAACUGGAUUAAUGUUUGACUAUUUAGUCAGGAGAAUAUCUUUAGCAACGAAAACAAUCAUGAAGUAGAUGUUCAAGCAAGCAUUAUUGUGUAAAUAGCUACCAAAAUUCUUCAAAUAAAGUUUAGUUUCUUUUUCAAAAAAAUAA